AUGACCAAUGUCUACCUGGAGCCCCCUGGGGAGGUGCCAAAUGCCCACCUGGACACACCUUGGAGGUGCCCAGCGCCCACCUGGAGCCCCCCAGGUGCUCGUGGCCAGGAGGACCCGGUGCCCGCGGUGGGGGUGGGGGCACCUGCACACCUGUACCCGCAGGCCAUGGAGGCUCCCCUGGAGGCCCCCGAGGAUGAUGAAGAUGAAGAUGAGGAUGAGGAGCAGGUGGCAGAGGCUCAGGAGCGCCUCCUGCAGGCGCUGAUGGCGCGCACGGCGCGGGAGCUGCCCCAGCGGGAACUGGAGCAGGACUGGGCCGUACUGGGAGAACUGGGCAGCGGCUCCUACGGCCGGGUGCUGCUGGCCGAGCCCCGGGAUGGAGGUGCGCGCGUGGCGCUGAAGCUGCUGUCCAAGGAGCGCACGGCCAGGUGCGGCUUCCUGCGGGAGUUCUGCACUCACCUGUGCCUGCGGGGGGCGCUCACCUGUGUCCAGGUGCUGCCGCUCGCCUUCGAGACCCCCACGGAGUUCGGCUUCGCCCAGGAGCUCGCACCUGCCGGGGACCUGUGCGGCCUCCUCACACCUGGGGCCAUGGAGGCUCCCCUGGAGGCCCCCGAGGAUGAUGAAGAUGAAGAUGAGGAUGAGGAGCAGGUGGCAGAGGCUCAGGAGCGCCUCCUGCAGGCGCUGAUGGCGCGCACGGCGCGGGAGCUGCCCCAGCGGGAACUGGAGCAGGACUGGGCCGUACUGGGAGAACUGGGCAGCGGCUCCUACGGCCGGGUGCUGCUGGCCGAGCCCCGGGACGGAGGUGCGCGGGUGGCGCUGAAGCUGCUGUCCAAGGAGCGCACGGCCAGGUGCGGCUUCCUGCGGGAGUUCUGCACUCACCUGUGCCUGCGGGGGGGGCUCACCUGUGUCCAGGUGCUGCCGCUCGCCUUCGAGACCCCCACGGAGUUCGGCUUUGCCCAGGAGCUCGCACCUGCCGGGGACCUGUGCGGCCUCCUCACACCUGGGGUGGGUCUCCCGGAGCCGCAGGUGAAGCGCUGCGCCGCCCAGGUAUCGUCCGCCCUGUCUUACCUGCACGGCCACGCCCUGGUGCACCGCGACCUGAAGCUGGACAACGUCCUGGCCUUCGACCGCGAGUGUCACCUGGUCAAGCUCGGCGACUUCGGCCUGACGCGCGUGCUGGGCUGGCAGGUGCGGCCGGCGCGCAGCCCCGCCCCUUACGCCGCACCUGAGCUGUGGCACCUGCGCGCAGGUGAGGCGCGGCUGCGGCUGGAGCCCGCGCUGGACACCUGGGCGUUCGGCGUGCUGCUCUUCGCGCUGCUCACCGGCCGCUUCCCCUGGAGCUCACCUGCGCGCUCCGACCCCGCCUUCCGCCGCUUCCGCACCUGGCACGGCCGCACCUGCGCAGGCCAUGGAGGCUCCCCUGGAGGCCCCCGAGGAUGAUGAAGAUGAAGAUGAGGAUGAGGAGCAGGUGG